UCUAAUGAGCUCGUGCUACUUCGUUUGCUGAUUAGAAAGAGAAGAAAAAAAAGAAAGAAGAAGAGCGAGGCCAUGUUAAAAGAGACCUGAGCCAAGAGUGUUCUAGAGAGAUUGCUAAAAAAAAAAAGUAGUCCAGGUCUUUCACCGACGCUGCGCUUGAGAGAGACUGCUUCUCGAAUGGGGAAGAUUAAGAGGAGAAGAAAAGAAGAGGUUUCAGAGGAUUGGUGUUUUGUGUGCAAGGAAGGUGGCAAUCUUCUUCUGUGUGAGCACAGGGACUGCUUGAAAUCGUAUCACCCUCAGUGUGUUGGAAAAGAUGAUUCAGUUCUUAAUCCUGGAGAGAAUUUCAGAUGUGAUUGGCAUAUCUGCUUCAUCUGCAAGAGAGCUGCGAAGUUCCACUGCUUUUGCUGUCCUCAUGCUGUUUGUGGACAGUGUAUGGCUCAAACAGAAUUUAUUACUGUCCGAGGCAUCAAAGGAUUCUGCUGCAAUUGUCUAAGGCUUGCCUUGCUGUGGGAGGAAAAGAAGGAUUUUGACUCAGAUGGGGAGAAGGUAGAUUUCACAGAGAGAGGGACUUGUGAAUUUCUCUUUAUGGAUUAUUGGGAAAUUAUCAAGAAAAUUGAGGGUUUGAAAUUGGAAGAUCUCCAAAAGGCACACACUUUGUUGAAGAAGGGGAAAAACUACAAAGACUUGGAUGAUAGAGAUGAAUUUGCUAGAAGUGACCAAGAUACUCUGAACUUAAAUAAUUUUGAAGACUGGGAAUGGGAGACUAUAGAGGAUUAUAUUCCUUCAAAAAAAAGGAAAAAUAGAAAUACAAAGACAUUGAAGAAGAGGAAAGUCUCCAUGGUGCAGUCAAAUGGGAAGGUGAGUUCCAAUAAAAAGGAGUUCAUUGGCUGGGCUUCUGAACCGCUCACUGAAUUUCUUGCAUCAUUAGGUAUUGAUACAAGCACAGAAUUAUCGCAUUAUGAUGUUGUGGAUAUUGUUAUUAAGUAUGUAAAUGAGAAAAAUCUCUUUGACGCAAAGAGAAAGAAAAUGAUUGCCUGUGAUGCAACCCUGCAAUCUCUGCUUCGGAGAAAGUUUGUGAAUAAACAUAGAAUAUAUAACCUAUUAGAGAACCAUUUUGCUGGAAAUCAAGAAGAAUCAUCAGAGGAUGUUCCAUGCAGCUCUAAAGAAGAUGAGAAAGGCUUAAGGUUAUGUAAAAGGAAGGAGCAAAAUCAAGGUGGACUUCAACAUAAGGAGAAAAAGGUUUCAAGGGGAAGCAUCGCAUCAAUAGUUCCAGAAAAUAUCAAACUUGCAUACUUGAAAAGAAGCCUGGUGCAAGAACUACUGAAGAAAUCUGAAACAUUUGAUACAAACUUAAUUGGUAGCUUUGUAAGGGUCAAAUCAGAUCCAAAUGACUAUAUGCAACAAAAUUCUCAUCAGCUUGUGCAAGUCACUGGCGUAAAAAAAGUACCCAUCAAUGGAGAGAAUUCAGAAACUCUCCUCCAAGUUUCGAGCAUGCCGAUAGAUAUCAGCCUCCAUAUGUUGUCUGAAAGUGACUUCACCAAGGAAGAGUGUGAUAAACUGUAUGAACAAAUGGAAGAUGGACUACACAAGAAGCUUACCGUUGCAGAGCUUGAGCACAAGGCCAGAAUAUUGCGUGAAGACAUAAUCCAGCAUUGGAUUCUGAAGGAACUUGCAGUAUUGAAGAAUCUUAUUGACAAGGCAAAUGAGAAAGGACGGAGAAGAGAACUUGUGGAUUAUACUGAAAGAAGAAAACAGCUUGAAUGUCCAUCUGAGCAAUCACGUCUGAUACAGCAGAUUCCGGAAGUGAUUACUGAUGAUAUAGAGCUGGAAAUCAGUUCCUCGAGUCCGAAUCAAAGCAGGAAAAAAAAUUGUUCUUCUACAAGAACUCUUGAUGCCCUAGAAGCUUCAGCAAGUGAAAGUAAUCAUGAUCCUGAUACGGAAUGUGAAAAUCAAGUAUCAGACCACUGUGCAAGUGAUCCGACAGUUGAGGAACAAAAAACUGGAGUGGUGCAAAUCAUUCAUUUAAGCGAUGAUGAGAGCGAGAGGUUAAAGCAUACACAUGUUGAAAGAGAGCCUCAUGAAUGGUACUGCAUAGGUCCUCGUGGGGACAUUCGGGGACCCUAUAAAAUGUCCAUACUUAAGUAUUGGAAUGACCUGACUGCCUGCUUUGCUUCCAAGUUCAAAGUUUGGAAGGUGGGGCAAGACCAAAAAGAUGCAAUGCCUUUGCCAGAUGCUUGUCGCUUGAUAUGCACAGGGAAGUAGUUCUUCGUAGCGCCAUGAUAGAAAUGGAGACUUAACCAUGCUUGUCUAUUUAUAUGUCUCUUGAUACAAGUUUUUGCGCUAAUUUAAUUUGUUAACCACUCAGAAACUUUACUAUGUGCUGAAUAAAAGUUGUCGGUGCAUGAUAAACACAUGAUGUAGCUUAUUCAGAUUAAUCUAACAUUUGGGUUCUCCUUAGGAGUAUAUUUGGUUCUUAGACUGUA